AUGGUGAAGACUGCCUCGCGGGAAUAUCCGAAAACUUACAUGCAUGAGUGGUUUUCCACUUCUCCAACUCGUGGUUCGUUCAAAAUAUUGCAGAGUAUGACUCCGAACAACACACCAAUGUACGCACUCUGUUGGGCAGACCGCAAACCCAAGUGCAUAAUUUCCAACCGCGGUACAACACUUCCUGGCGCUGAUAGCACUUUGCAGUACGAGCGUCGUAUUGAGCGCCCCCAAAUCAUUGAACUGUUUUUUUCGAAGUUCUCCACUAUUGAUGUGCACGACCACCUCAGGCAAGGGUAUCUCGAAAUGGAGAGGACUUGGCACACUACAAAGUGGCACCAUCGAUUAUUUGCAACUCUUUUUGGGAUGGUUGCAACAGCAGCAGGCUGCCGCGAUUCUUCUAUCGCUGAUUUCAACUCUUUCACCUCUCAGCUCUCGUAUCAAUUGAUUUUUAACGACUUUACCAUGCAGCGUUCGACUCGAGUGACGUUUAGCGCGCUGGAGCAGUAUCAGCGCCUCAGUGGGACGGCGUUGCGCGCUCAGCGAAAGUGUGGUGUUUGCGGGAAGAAAGCGUCUUUCUACUGCACAGGCUGCUCGGGCCCUCUCAAGAAGCAGUUUUUCGGUGUUUGUGGGCUGAAGACGAACCGAGACUGUCAUGCAGUGCACACUCACUCUGUUUAG